AUGGCUCACGAUGCUCAUCAAUGGGUUGAUCCCCACACCACCAGCCACGAACAGGAUGUUCUGCACGCUGGCAUGCUCCAUGCGAGGCGGUGGCCAGACGAAGGCCCCUCCGACACGGACUUGGAGUGUCCUUCCGAGUACCUGCGCGGUAGGCUGGAAGAGCCAGGCCGCCGGUGGGUUUGUCGGGGAUCGUUGGAUGGCGAGCUCAACGUAGGGUACUGGCGAGUAGGCAAGGUGCGGGGGAGAUGUGAUGGUGAAGCCGCCUGCUUUAGGUAUGCCUGGGACGAAGCGUUGACAGGUCGAUCAUACAGCAUCACGCGGUUCCUCAGCAGUGCGCUCCUCAUGUGA